AAAAUCUUGUCCAAAGCAACUACCGUUUCAGACAGUGAAGAAAAUCUUGAAUUACUUCUUCUUCUUGUGACCAACGUGAACUACACCUUGAUUCUUGAAUUGAGUUUGGGUUAGAGUUGAAAAAAAGGUUUGAACUUUAUGCUUACCAAACGUUCUUUGUGCUUGAAUGACUGGUGGGUGGGUGGUUGUUCUUGUUGGUCAAUUAUAUUUAGUUACUAAAGCUUUGGAUCAUUAAAUUUUUGUGAUGGUCUUUCAAGGCCCACUUACCAUGUGUUUCUGGGUACUUGCGCAUAUUAGAAAAGUUGAAGGGAAUUGCAACUGUUCAGAAUCAGAUUCCCAAGAACUGUUGUUAUUCAAGUCAUUCUGAGCUUGCGGAUGAUUGGGGUUUCUUCUCAUUUUUGUGUUCAGAUUGUGUUUGUCUAUCUAUUGUUUGCAAAUGUUUCCCAAUUAAUGGAUUGCUGAGAAUUGAAAGUUCUGAUUCUGGGGAUGGGUAGUAAUGGGAUUGAAUAUCUGUCCAGAGAAGUAUUAGAAGUAGGUUUUGAUAGUCAAAAAAUAGAGAAAGAUCUCAGGAAAAUGGAUGAUGAUGAGUUACUGACAGUGGACAUCAAGUCUCAUGAUGAAAAGAUUGAUUUAAAUUCUUCUAAGGAUGCUGAGGAUUGGAUAGGAAAUUCGGGACAGAAGUCAUCACCUUCUCGGCAAAGAGGUUUGGAACAUUGCAUCACAGCACCUGUUGGAACUGAGAGAAACCCACUUAUAGCUGACCAGGAGGUUAUACUUUAUAGAUCAAUAACAGAGAAAAGGGGGUCCUCAAGGCAUGACCUAAUAUUGGACAGGCUGUCAGAGCAACAAAAGCGACAACUGAUUGCUAACCUAGUGAAGAUACAAAAUGAUGGGACUGUUGAAGUUGAUCUAGAAAAGAGUGCAUCUGUUGCUGCAGAAUUAUUAGAGCUCCAAUCUUUUGAAGAGUCAACAGUGAGUGGAAGUCUUAUUUCUGAAUCUAAAAAUUCAGUUCCACGGUUACAAAUUGUCAUACUUGUUGUUGGAACUAGAGGCGACGUACAACCUUUUCUGGCCAUUGCAAAGAGACUUCAGGAGUAUGGUCAUCAUGUUAGGCUGGCAACUCAUGCUAAUUUUGACACAUUUGUAAAGUCAGCUGGUGUAGAUUUCUAUCCUCUGGGUGGUGAUCCCCGUGUGUUGGCAGGAUAUAUGGCAAGGAAUAAAGGUUUGAUCCCUUCUGGUCCCGCUGAUAUAUCUAUGCAAAUGAAGCAGCUGAAGGCCAUCAUUGAUUCCCUUCUUCCGGCAUGCACAGCACCCGAUUUGGAAACCGGUGUUCCUUUCAGAGCUCAGGCUAUUAUUGCCAAUCCUCCUGCGUAUGGACAUGCGCAUGUUGCUGAAGCCCUUGGGGUGCCCCUUCACAUCUUCUUCACAAUGCCAUGGACGCCAACGUAUGAGUUCCCCCACCCUUUGGCACGUGUUCCUCAAAGUGCUGGUUAUUGGUUGUCUUACAUAAUUGUGGAUCUACUAACAUGGUGGGGAAUGCGAGGAAUUAUCAAUGACUUCAGGAAAAGCAAAUUGAAGCUUGCUCCUAUUGCAUAUUUUAGUAUGUACCGCGGAUCAAUAUCUCAUUUACCAACUGGCUAUAUGUGGAGUCCUCAUGUUGUUCCGAAACCAAGUGACUGGGGCCCUUUAGUUGAUGUUGUUGGUUACUGUUUCUUGAGCCUUGCAUCAAAGUAUCAACCCCGAGAAGAUUUUGUCCGAUGGAUUCAAAAUGGACCUCCUCCUUUAUAUUUUGGGUUUGGAAGCAUGCCUCUUGAAGAUCCUAAAAGAACAACAGAUGUUAUAUUGGAGGCACUAAAGGAUACAGAACAACGGGGAAUUAUUGACCGGGGCUGGGGCAAUCUAGGGAAUCUGGAAGAAGUUUCUGACAAUGUUUUCCUUCUGGAGGAAUGCCCUCAUGAUUGGCUUUUUCCUCAAUGUUCUGCUGUGGUGCAUCAUGGUGGAGCUGGAACCACGGCUACAGGAUUAAAAGCUGGGUGUCCAACAACCAUAGUUCCAUUCUUUGGAGAUCAGUUCUUUUGGGGAGAUAGAAUACAUCAGAAAGAGUUGGGACCAGCCCCAAUUCCAAUAUCUCAACUCAGUGUUGAGAAUUUAUCAAAUGCCAUAAAAUUUAUGCUCCAGCCAGAGGUGAAAUCUCGAGCAAUGGAAAUAGCAAAGUUGAUUGAGAAUGAAGACGGUGUUGCUGCUGCAGUUGAUGCAUUUCAUCGCCAUCUGCCCGAUGAGCUACCACUGCCAACUCCAUCUCCAGUGGAGGAGGACAACCCAAGUCCUUUGCAGUGGUUUUUUCUCCAACUUGCACAGUGGUGCUGUGUGCCUUGUGGUGGUGUGUAGAGUAGGUUUUUGGUUUUAUAGGAGCCUUCCAUAUUUUCAGAAUGGUAGCAUAGUGUUUUGCUUUGGUAUUUCAUUCAUUCUGUCAUCUCUCUUAUGUGAGGGUUUGACUAACAUUAAGAUUUUUUUACCCCCACCUUUGUAUAGGAGGUUCUGUCAUUUGUGAUAGAUUUAGAGUUGAGGGGUCUUGUGUUAUAAAAAGAGCUGGGUAACAUCAGUCAUAUGUGUAUGUGUUUGUAUUUGAUAGCUGAUGAUAUCAUAAAAGAAUUUUG